CGAGGCCCCGCCCCCUGCCCAGCUGGCCCCGCGGGAAGGGCCGGGUCAGCUGAUCGCGGUUCGGCUGUGGGACCCCGGCCACCCGCCCCGGAUCGGGCCCGCCCUCCUCGGCCCUCGCUGUCGGGGAGCCCCCACGGGACCAGGCGCCCGAGUCCGCCCUCCAGCAUCCCUGCCCCGCCCAACCGCAGGGGGACCUAGGUGUCCGAGUCCCGCCCCCCAGCCCGGCGGGCCCGGGCGUCUGGGCAUGGCGGGGCGGGGGUACGACCACCUCUUCAAGCUGCUGCUCAUCGGGGACUCGGGUGUGGGCAAGAGCAGCCUCCUUCUCCGCUUCGCCGACAACACCUUCUCCAGCAGCUUUGUGACCACCAUCGGGGUGGAUUUCCGUGUCCGGACUGUGGUGCUCGGGGGGCUGCGGCUGCGGCUCCAGGUCUGGGACACGGCGGGACAGGAGCGGUUCCGCACCAUCACCUCCACGUACUACCGCAACGCACACGGGGUGAUCGUGGUCUAUGACGUGACCAACCCCGACUCCUUCGUCAGCGUCAAGCGCUGGAUGCAUGAGAUCGCGGAGAACUGCGACAGCGUCUGCAAGGUGCUGGUGGGUAACAAGGUUGAGGACCCCUCACACCGCCAGGUGCCCGCGGCCGAUGCCCGACGCUUCAGCGCCCAGCUGGGGCUGCGGCACUUCGAAACCAGCGCCAAGGACAACAUCAAUGUGGAGGAGAUGUUUGCAGCAGUGGCUGGGCAAGUGCUGAAGGCCAAGAUGGCUGCCCAGGCCAUUCGGGAGGGCCGGGGCCCUGGGGUUGUCUGUGUUGGGACCUCCAAGAAGAAGCUGGGACCCCCCAGGAAGUGCUGCUGAGAUGGAGGCCCCAAGUGCCUGGGUUUUCUGGGGGCUGAGAGCAGGGGGAGCUGGGAAUCUGGGUGCCCUUCUCUUCUCCCUGCCUCAGCUGUUCCCACCCCCAGGGACCCCCUGAGACAUUUGUUCUCGGUUUAAUAAAGAUGAUUUUGGUGUGGAAAA